UCCGGUGGUCUGAUGCUCGCUCGACUGAGAACAGAAAUGUCUAAGCUGAGACGGUCGCCCUGAGCCUCACUAGCCCCUGUGUGUUUCAUCCUCAUAGCCGCCCCGCCGGCAAGCAUAGGAUAUCCCCACAAUGUUCAAGCGACCACUGUUGAUCGUCUUGCCUGGACCCUGGAAUCCUUUUCGGUAGUGAGGCUGGUACGAGACUCGAAUGAUGGCAGCGACUUUGAGACGCAGGAGUGCCACAACAGCUGUUUCGAGCGUCCAACGCAACAUCGACUCAUGGCGAAGGUGAAGGAUAUGGCACUUAAUCAAGGCCAGUACAGUUGACCUUCAUCUCAUCCUCACCAUCUACCAUCACCAAUACCUAGCAACGGCCCGGCGCCUAUCCAGCUUGAACCACUUGCCUGAUACCUAAUAUCAACCUCUUGCUGUCUCCAACCGUCCAUCAGAAUGUCUACCCUCGACUCCACUAUCCGCCCAACAGCCUACGGCUCCGACACUGAGAGCGAUGGACAAGCCUCCGGUGGCCGUAAGGUGUCUUCCACUUCCAAGGUUGGCCCUGUUCCAUCCUCAGCCACACUCAACCGACCGGCCGGCAACAUCAUCAAGGGACCAGUGGACGACAACGGCAAGCCCAAGGAUGCGGCGUUACUCCUGGGUAUCAAGCUAGAUUUGGAGGCAGAGAUUCACUUGACGGCAAGGAUUCGUGGAGAUAUUACUAUUGGAUUGUACUGAGCUACUGGCAUGGUGAAUUACGGAUGAUGCUUGGUGCGUCGCACGCCAAGCUCGAAGACAUCUGGUGGUGUGUGCCCAGAGCAGAAGCAAGGCAUUGGCCUGAAGGAUGUCGACCUGAAAUGCAUAGGGCGAUUCCAGAUCAUUGAUUGGAGGACACUGCUAGCGGCAUCGCAAGAGCAUACGAAGGCGUCACUGGUCACGAGUAUCAUAGAAAAG